AGAACAGUUUCAGAAGUGACAAGUAACAGAGAUGAAGUCGAGGAAGCAAAUCAGAAACUUCAUGGUAAACAUGAUCUUAUUUCGGGGAAUAGACCCUUUCCGGGUUUUUUUUUUUUCAACUUUUGACAUGGACAAGUUGGGGAAAAUCCGUCGACACCAGAGAGCGCCUUUAAGUUCAGAUUAGUAAAACUGCCUAGUUUGAGAAUGAUUUUUUGAAAACUAACGAACAUGUAGCUCCUCAAAGUCGCGAAAUGUUACAGACGUUUGUAUAAUAAUAAUAAUCACCUUUAUUUAUUACCUUUGGCGAUAAGAAUUAAGGUAAUAUUACAAUAAAAAUUCAAAACACUACAUAUUAUAUAUACAUAUCAAAUUCAGUUAAGUUUAGCACCUCUAGGAAUAAAUGAUUGUUUGUGCCUAACAGUGCGUGAUACAGGUAUUCUGAGGUGCGCUGGGUUAGUCUUACAAGAUCUUAGAUUAUGGCCAUGAUCCACUGGCUUGUCUAAAAAACGGUUGCAAGAAUGUGCUUCAGAUUCUAGGAUACGUUUUUAUUCUUUCCUCGUCAAAUUCUGAUGCCUAGUUACAAGUGACUCAACAGUAUCCCUAGGGAGACCAGUGACAUUUAGACAUCUAUUCUGCACUCUCUGUAGACCUUCUUCGAGGUAAAUGGGCUGCCCUCCCCAGACAGGCGAGGCAUAUUUUAAAACAGGUCUAAUCUUAGUGAUGUAAGUUGUAAGACAAUGUCCCUGGGGAGAUAGGCUGUUCUACAGACCCUAAGAUAGUGGAUCCGUUUACACGCUUUGCUGACAAUACUUGAGACAUGUGUAUUCCACUUGAGAUCGUUCUGUACAUAUACACCCAGUAGUUUAAACUCUGAAACCCUCUUCAGUUCAGUAGGCCCGAUAUUAAUAGGAGCAGGAAUUGGACAGGAUUUCUUGAAGGUGAUCCACAUAUCUUUGGUAAUAUAGUGGGGGCACAAACUUGUCCCCCACCAUACAAACGUCUGUAAGUUUUCGCAAAUUCGCGGAGCUAUAUCUUCACUCGCUUAAGACGAAUCACUUUAAAACUUGGCAGUUGUACUACAUGUAAUUUACAGGCACUCUUUCCAGUGCUGUCGACCUAUUUUCCUCAACUUGUCCAUGUCAAAAGUUGAAAAAAAAACUGUGAAGGGGUCCAUUCAGUAUUAAAUAAUCUGAUUUUGUCCACCUGUUGUUACUAACCGUGCUGAGGCUUUUUACUAUUUUAUUUCGUUCUUCAGAGUUGAUUGCACAGUUAAGAAGUGAGAACAUUAAGUUGAGAGAGAAACUUGAAGAAACGGAAGAUAAAUUAGAGGUGAUUUGAAAAACGGUGUACUAAUUAAAACUUAUUGGAUUCAUUACAACGUAUAUGUUUCUAGUGUUUUUGUAUAUUUUCUUGUUACAUGUAACGUUUGUCAUGAGCAAAUUGGCAAAGCAAGUCUUUUAACUAUUAAACAAACGUACAAGUUGAGAAAACGUUAAAAAGGGGGCCACUAUUUUUCUGGUUCACCCAAGUGAACGAAAUCUGUUUUAAUCUUUCCCAUCUCCUUUCAGGUAGGUUUGAUUAUUAUUCUUUUUUCCCCCUUUGUGUUCUUCUACAGUUUCAAACGGUUUUGCAAUAAUGCAUUGGACUGCAAUUAAGUCCUUCGCUCCUUCUCCACGAACGACUUUCUUGACGAACGCGUGACAUAACUCUAAGAACGUCCGCGUGGGAGGCUUUUUGUCUCGGAAAGUACUUAUAUACCCCAAAGGACCGUUUAACACAUGCGUAAUAUCAUAAGUAUUUAGGGAAAAGAGGGUUGUUAGUCUAUAAGAAAAUGAAGUUUUUUUUUGUUUAUAUGUAAUAUAAGAUUAUAAUUUAUUUGUUAUAUUGUGUUUCUCUGAAAAGGAAAUCCGUACGAAGAUGGAAAACACUCUCAACGAAAGUCAAAACAAGAUUCAUGCUCUUGAGGAAAUGCUGAGCAAAGAAAUGAUGGUAAAUUGUUGAUGUUCAGUACUGUUUGCUUCAGUUAGUAGUAACGAUUUUCUGCUUUGCUAGGCGAUUUCAUUUCUUCUUUUAUUGUUUUCAUGUCCACCGCUUGUCACCUCUCACAAGUAAAAGGUUUGGUCUUCUUACUCAUCAUGACAAGCAAAGAUCAUUACGAACGUCUACAAAAAAGCAAUUUUCUUCGAUUUAGAUCACUCAAGAGUCAAUACCGUACCAUUUUUAACACAUUAAAGUAAAGAAAAGCUUUAAAUAGGCCAUUUCCUAGUUCCAGAAACUCACUUUCAAAUCCAGGCUAAGAGCAAAACCUUUUUUGUGAAAAUGAGUUUUAUAUUCUAAGUUUUAUCUGAAUAAGAAUAAAAAAACAUUUUUGCACUAAGCCUCGCUUUGAAACAGAGGCUUGGGGAAACGCAAAAUGGCCUAGUAAUCGGCAUCUCACUAAAUUAUUUUGCGCGUACAUGUCACUCCCUCAAAGGACAAACAACGGUGGUUUCCAAUAAUCUGCUAGAUUUCAAAAACAGCAAUUUGACCUCAUGUUUUUCUUUUCUUUUCCUAGAGAAGUAAAGAGUUUGGUUACAAGCUCGAGUGUUCGUUGAAGCAGAGUGGAGAGAACUUUAGUGAGGCUCAGUCCAGAAUUAUCCAGCUUCAAGAGGCUUGUAACAGCUUUGAAAGCAAAAAUCAGGAUUUAGAGAAUAAACUUUUGGAGAUGAUUGAGAAAGAACAGUCUGCAGAAGAAAGAGGGAGGUGCUGGCAAAUAUAGCAUUAUGUAGUUAGCGCUGUUGGUCUGAUAGCUAAGGUUACAAGCCUUCUUUAGCGUUCCGUAUAGGUACAUAGACAAAAUAGAAAAGAAUGAUGGUAAAUUUUAAACUCAGUGAAGAAAUGAGAAAAGAUGUGAUCAUCAUGUCACGAGCGCGGGACAAAAAAAUCUGAGUCCCGACAGGAAUUCGGAACCUGUGACAUUCCACAACACCGCUCGGAUGCUCUAACCACUGAGCUACGAAGUACUCGCGGCAUGCUAGGCCAUAUAGAAGGUUGAUAUAUGCAUGCGUACGGCUAGGACCAACAAUGUCGAAAGCGUUAUGUGUGUGUUAAAUAAAGAGUGAUGGCCGUAAGGUCGGUGAAGAAACGAAAAAAGAUGUGAUAAUCAUGUCACGAACACGGGACAGAGAAAAAUCUGAGUCCCCGACAGGGAUUGAACCUACGACAUUCUGCACAUCGGUGUAAUACUUUAAUUGUUUCUCAGGUCGAGGUAGACUUUUUCUCAGAGAGGCGGUCGAGUCGAGGAUGGGGAGAAAUGCCGCAGGAGCAGAAAUAUUAUAUUGAACCCAUGAUUAAUCACUUUGCAUUGCUGAAGUCCAGACUUGGACAAGGGUUUUUUAAAAAUGCUAAGCCAAUUUCCAUGUCUUCUGUUCUUUAAUUUCAGAUGUUUAUCCGUAGAAAAAUUAUCCCUUGAAAGCAGACUUGAAGAAUGCGAGACUGAUUAUGAACAGUGCCUUUCUAUCGCCAACGACCAGGUCGAGUCACUUCAAGAAGAGCUUAAAAGGUAUACUCCUAAACAUUUACAUGCUUUUCAAGACUUUCCAAAAGCCUUUAUUUUGGUAGAUGAAUGUUAAUACUUAGUCUGGCAAACCCUUAAGUGUAAAUGAAAUCGUUUUUUCGGCGCAUGGCUCUUUUCACCGACAAAGGAUUUGCAGACAGCUAGCGCCGUAAGGGCAGAAUCUCAGCGGAAUUGGAGUGGCAAGAAUCAGAACGUUUCCGUUCCGUCGCUUGUGAUCUAGUGAAAAUCAGACUGUCGAAGUCGGAGCAGAAGUAGAAGGAUAAACAAAUCGCUAUGCUCGUAUCCUUGCGUCGUGAUCGGUCUAGUUUGACGGAGUCGUAAGCAGGAUCUGCGGAACCCGUUUUUACUAAAUCAUAACGUAUAUUUAUAUUGGAUGAGAUGGGCUCUCUUCUUUUCGCUUAUCUCCUGAAACAGGCUUAACUAACAAGUAACUGCAACGGUAGAAAAAAAACAACAUUGUGGAAAAAAAGGAUAUGCUGCUAUUGCACGAUAAAAAUGAAUGCACUUAAGAUUUGUCUUGGUAGAGCUCCCACAACCUCGUUCCGGGAAAACGCCGUGAGAACGAGGUUGGCUCCUUUCUACAUUCCUUGCAUGUUUGUGGAAAUAUCUUUUUUUUUAGGUGCGAAGAGACAUUGACGCAAAAUUUAAGAUCGCUGACAGGGAAAUAUCAAGAUCUGGAGGAUUCCUACAGUGAGUAAAAACAACUGCAAUGCGAUGCAGUAGGCUUCCUGCAAGCGGGCUUUUCGUUUGGAAUCACUUUUAUAGGUUACUCCCACCAAUCUCGCGUGGAACAAGCGUGAUGAUCUAGCCUGAGUAUCAGGCCUUCCUAAGGGGCUAGGGGAGAGGAGAUUUUAGAUUUCGUUUCCAUCUUUCCCCUUUUCCCCAGAAACGCCUGAUACUCAGGCUAGUGAUGAUCCAUCACGAUUCCCAGUGGAUGCUUGCAGGCUGUACAGUGGGAAUCGAUAGUCUACACUCCAUUUCUACUUUUCCGACUUCUUGUCCUGGUGUUGUUACACCGGUUUUUUUUUCUAUGCUCCAGAAGUGUAGCAUCUUGUCGCGUCUGUUCAUGUGAAGUACAAUCAAACUAGAUUGAACCUGCCAUACAAAUACGUGUAGUACGUAUACGGAGAUCUUGGCUUUUUGUGGAAUUCAAGCAAGUUAGUAAUGAACGCCAGAAAAUCGGUUUAUGAGGGCCGAAGGGAAACUGGAGAGAAGGUAUACCCCUAUUCAGUUUCCACUGACUGCAACCUCUCUCUGAAUUUGCUCAAGCGUGAUUGUAAUUCAUUCAAAAUAUUUCGCUGUUACUGAUCGACGUCAAUCUCCGGCUAAUUCUUUAUUAUCAACUACCGCUUACUAUAUUUGGAAGAUCGAGCAAUAUAAGAGUGUCUUACACAUUUUUUUUCUAAAUUCUAGCUUUCUUUCAGUCGGAAGCAGAGAAGGAGAAGCAGCUGAUCUUAGCAGAGUUGGAAGUUACAAAAGAUUGUCUACAGAAAAGGUCAGCCUAGUAUUCUGUAACAUUUUUAGAAUUAUUUCCACAAGGGAGAUUGUCAGCCUGCCAAAAAUGUGUCGUAAAACCCAAGUAUACUUAAGCUGAGUUGCUGAAAAAACCAAAGGGGUCGCCCCAUGGAAGAGUAUCUGGAAUCCUGGUUUUUGGAAUCGGGAAUUCAGCUCAAGGAAUCGUGAAUCCCACUAACGAUUGGAAUCCGAAAUCCAGAACUCAAGACUUUCUUGCAUUCCCUUAAAGCCUGGUUCUUAUAUGCCACCGAUGAAUCUGCGACGUAGACGCCGGUACCGCCUGGGCUACUUCUCGGACGAAGGAGAACAUGCGCCGCCUGCAACUGGGGCCAUCGCAGAGCUUUACCGCCGAAUUUGGCCAGUUUCCAAUAUUUGCGAAUUUAAUACUAACGACGAAAAUCCAUUGCGUUGCAUGUGUGAAGUUCGACGUUUUAAAUGGGCCUUACCCUUUUUCUAUAAAGCGGCCAAACAUUUUAGAUGCAUAAAAUAUAAAAAUAUCAACCGCUAGUCGAUUACUUGUAAGAUUGUAAGAAACACAUUUUUACUGAUUUCUUUUUAUUUUUAUCGCCUGAAAGACGCGUAAAGGUAAUGAGACGAUUCGCAGCGACGAUUUUGAGCGCAACACAGCGUAGCAAUGUUGGAACAAUGUUGCAACCAUUCAAAACAAUGUCGUAACAAUGUUGCAACACUGUGUUGCGCUAAAAAUUGUCGUUGCGAAUCGUCCUGUGUAACAUUGCCUUUAGGAUCCUUGUCUGCUUUCUUUAAUUAACAUGUUUUAUAUCUCAAUUGUAAAGCCGGCAGGAAAGUGACCAGCAACAAAACACUUGUAUGUUGCUUAAACAACAAAGCGAAAAAUUUGAAGAAGAAUGCGACCAACUCAAUCAACAACUGGAGAGCUCUAAGGUAAAAAAAGUACUUUCCUGGCCCCGAAUGCGCAAACUUUGGAUAGCGCUAUCCAAUGAAUAUAUCACCAUCCAUAGAUAUUAGUAUAAGUAUUAGACUAGGGGAAAAAAUGGCGUUAUCCCGGCACUGGAUAAAGAUUUAUCCACCUUUCAUGCACCUGGGUCCAGGACCCGCCUUACAGUCCUCCCAAUUUAAUGUAAAAACAGGCGAAAUAUUUUGCUGUCUUCAAGAAGAUUCGGGGGUUCUUUUUACAGCCGUCUGGCGUAAACUACGUAGCGUGACGUACCAUUACUUUUUUUGACCACGAAUCCUUCGAAUCUUGUUUAGCCUGUGAUGUAGACGUAAUCUUACCCCGAACAGAGGUUUGGUUUCGCCUGUGACGUAAGCCAUUUAAUUAUUUGAAUACCAAAACGUGUCCCUAGAAAAGUCAACCUACCCUAAAAAACCGGCAAAAUUUUUUCAUAAAGAAAACACGAAUUCAAAACCCGAUAAAAAAAUCCUUUGCACCUCCCUGUCACCAUAAAUCCCGAGUACCUCGCUAGAGACUCUUUCCCAUCUUGUGAGAUGAUUUUUUUGUCUUCUUUUUUAGGCUGAAAAAGACUUCAUGAAAGAUCAACUAUCGCAGUGUCAAAAAGAACUUGCAACAGCUCAGGUCAAACUUAGAAAAGUGUCCUUCAUUUGUUAGCCUCAGAAUUUACAUCUUACAUCCCGUUCACACGGAUCCGGACCAAUGUGAACGGACGUAUUUUUUACCUGUUCAACCCGUUUACACGGGACAGUGCAAAUUCUGUUACAGCUUGCAGUACUGUUUGCCAUUUAUAAACUUUCAAGGUUCCACGGGUCCCGAGUAAACAAGAGGCGGAACCCUGCACGUUUUUGACCCUUCAAAAAUUAGCCUGGCCGUGUAAACGGGGUGUUAAUCGAAAAUCUACUUGGCAGGAGUAUUUUGAUACUUUUCAAGUGUCUGAAUAUUGUUGUUUGAUGUUGUUGUUUGCUUGUUUGUUUUAGGCUGAAGUUAAAGCCAUUAGAGAGAAAAUGGCAAAACAGUUAGAGGAAACGGAAUUUACCAAAGAUUCUCUCAGGAGUUCACUCGAAGAGGUAAGUUCCAAUACCUCUACGAUCCCAUUCCUUUAUUUGUUUUUAUAAUUUGCCGCCACUUUUGGUCUUCGAAACUGAAACUAAAAGACUGACUUUUAAAUGUAUGCAACAAGCGAUCGACUACGUUGCCCACGUGAAAUAGCUGAGUAGCUUUUAACUUCCUUUAACUUGAUGAAGCUAUGUUGUACAUUCUCCACCAGGCUCACAAGACAAUUAAUGAACUUCAUCAGAAAGAGGAGGACAUGUCUAAAGAGUUACAACACACGCUAAGGUUUGUUCAAGACAAAUUCACAACUGAGGUGUUUUUUUUUUAGCUGUUAGUAGUAGUUGAAGUUCUUGACAUUCAGAAAUUGGUCCACUUUGAACUUUUCAAAAGUCAGAUUGAUGCGAAGUGUAUUCAGUUUAUUGGUAGUUCCUUCUUUUUAUUCGCCCCGUUAAUUUGUUUUUGUCAUAAAUAGCGUUAGAGAACAACGAGAUGAAGAAUUGGAGGAACUUAAAGAGCAACUGGACAGGUAAGAUACGAUUGAACUUACCACAGGUAUAUCUGCACUAAACUGGCUGAAAUAUUUGCUUUCAUAUUGGCUGUUUUGUGGGCGCGUGUGACUGAUUUCUAACGAAUUUCCUUUAGGGUAAUAAGCCAAACACAAGAGAGUAAAAGGAAAUUAAAGGAAGAAGUAGGCAGGUGUGUGUCGUGUUUUUGUGUGUAGCCUGGUCCAGGCGUUCAGACAGGAGAGCACGCGCAAACAAUUAGCGACGAAAGAAAAAAACCAGGCGCCCCAGUCGACCCUCGUUUUUCCCGCGUAGGCCGCGCUCCGUCCCUAGAGAGGUUGCUCGAAGGCAGGAUAAUUUCGAUGCAAAUUACUCACAAAAUAGCCUGUUACAGGCGUUCAGAUAGUAGAGCGGUAGAAAACUGAAAUUUUGGGGUAUUCUGUAUAAUUUUCUCAGCGUGUGUCUUCCGGAGCCUUGCAUUCUGUGCAUAGGUUAAUUCUCUUAGAGAUUUGUUUUAAAUAAAUAAAUAGUAUCUAUUUGGUUUUGGGGCACAGUAAUCCUUGGCCCCCUCUUUCUGAAUUUUCUUGAUCUGCCCCUCCCAACACAGCUAGAGCUCUUCAGAAGAGAUUUGCUUAUUAAUGCACAGCUUUAUGUUAGAUAUCAUUCAGAAGCCACUGCAUUAGAAGAAAAAUUAAAGGAAACCGAAGAGAACUUUACAAGGUAAGAUGCCGUGAAAGGUACAUUGUAGAGAAACGCCCACGACGGAUUCGAGAGCACAUCUCUAAGCGUAUACUCUUUCGUGCUUAUUAGAACGCCUAUUUUCGAGUUGAGCCUGGACCAUUCUUAUUUUCUGCGGAGUUUGAGCCUGGAACUAAAGAAUGUUCUUAAAUUUCAAUAACGGAAAUCUGAUAACUUUUAAGCCACAUAUUGAUAUAGACAAGAUAACACAAUGAUUGUAGUUUUCACGUUAAUGAAUUGUACAAGUACAAUGUAAAUGUAAAUAUUGACCAUACCCAUUAGGAAUGUGUUGAAAGAACAAAAUUUUAGUGCCCUCUGAUUCCAUGUAGGACAUUAUGUAAUUCAAAUUUUCUGGAUUUUGGAAAGUAAAAGCAGUGAAAAACAAAGUUCCUCCGAUAUGUUCUUAGCAUGUUCUUUUUUUUUUUGUCUUUAUUAUUUUUUUUUGGCCCGGUUGGACGUUCUUUUAAAAAUUGUUCUUAUAAAAAAGAGUGCGUAAGCCACGUAGAGGAAAAAGUAAGAAUGCGUAGAAGGUGGGCAUUGACAUAGGUAUGAAUUAAAUAUCAUGUGGUUUUUCUGUUUUAGGCAAAUAAAAUUAUAUGAAGAUAAAGCUACCAAAUCUAAAGAAGAGUUUGGAAGGUUAGUUGGACGUCUGUUAAUAAUAAAACGUAGAGUUGAGGAGAAGUUUCCUACUGACAAGGAUCUGUCGUCGCGUCAGUAGUCGUAGCCUACGAGCAAGCUCACCAUUUGAGGGAGUAGCGAGAAGUCACGCAAGAGCCGCACGCGAAAGGAGCCGCGUGUACGAUGGGUGGGGAAAGACAGGAGAGCUUUCAACGCUCGCGCGUGCGUUCUCUCGCAGUUUGCUUCGCUCGCCAUAAUUGGAAGGUUUGGUCGCAGGUUACGGUAGUCGUGACUUUUUUUUCUUGUAAAUAGGGCACUUUUUCUUAUGGACCCUACGGGGAUCCCCCGACCAAAAGGGGUACAGUCGAAGUUCUCCUUGCGACCACUCUGGUUACGAUCACUUUUAUAGAACCUCGUUUGAACUGUGACUCAUACUUUGUAAUGAAAAGCUCUCUCAACUGGACUUUUCCUUUGUUUUUAAGCUCUCGUAAGUGACCACUCAGGGUGUCAUUCAUAAUAAUCAACACUUUCAUGAAACUGCACACUGCGCUCAUGGUUCGUUGAUAGAGAUCUUGUACAGUGCAGUAUUUAUAUUUGUAAAAGUUCAAUUAAGUUGAGAUAUAAAGACACUCAUUAAAAAUAAAUUUCAUCUGUUUUUUUAUGAAUUAUUAAUGAGUCUCUGAAGCUCUAGUAAGCGACCACCCUCUAUUAUUUUACUAUACGGUCACUUACGAGAGCUCUUUGUAGUAAGCGACCAGCUCUGGUUAUGACCACUUCUUCGAAUUUCCGGGGUGGUCGCUUACGAACGCUUCGACUGUACCACCGUAAAGUUCCCAAAGUCACAAUUGUGGCGAUAUAAUCGUAACUUCGUACGGCCCACGUACGAUACACGUUUUAGCGAAAGUAGCGACCCUCCGAUAGUAUAGAGCGAUAGGAAAAGGCUGCUAAAUCCGAAAGUAACGAGGGUCGUUGCUUUCGGAACUUUACGGUAGGUUUGGAGGUACAUAAAAUUGCAGCCUAAGGAUUUCACGGGUUGGGUUCAGUUAUAGAAAGGAAAAUGAGGGAUUUUUCAAACGGGUGCCUUACUAUCUCGAACGUGACACACCUAACGGUUGACUUUUUUUUGGUAUUUUGAGAGGAAAGUUGUAGUUUCUCAAGUAUUAGCUAAAACAUUUCUGUAGUUACAUCAUGAGGGGUGCCAUUCCCAUUGAAAGUAUUUCUGGACCAAGGGGUAUGUUAAGUGCAAGCAUGGUGUAAGGGUUUGGACCUUAGUCGGGGCGAAUCUCAGUUCCCUGUACAAAAUUCUUUUGAGUUACUACCCUACUCGCAGCGGAUAGAAAAAGGCCUAUUCCGUUAAUAUACCAUCUUGUUUCUCCCAUGAAGGCGCCUGGUGGAGACUCAAAAGAAGCUAUCACAAACAGAAAUAAAUUUCGACAAGUAAGUAGAGUGCAUGUGCGUACGGAUAUUGUCGAUUUUUCUCGCAACAUGACGACUUUCUUUCCUUUUGAAACUAGAUUCAGGAGCGAACAAGAAAUGUUAAUGAAUGAGAAGAACAAGGAAAUGGAAAGGUGGGCAUCAUUAGUAGCGUUGUUGUCUUCUAUUCUCUUCUUUGUUUGUUUGUUUGUUUGCUUUGUGACGCGUCAUCGGUAUGGAAUUUCUACGCUCGUUUCUCAGACGUCAUUUCGUGGGAAACCGUUGGUGGCGUCGCGAAAUGUCGUCUGUUUUCUCAGGCUAAUUUGGAAUCAAGAAAUCCAAAUUUGGUGGUUCUGUUAUUUUUUUUUUUUUUUUAAAUUACUAUACCAUUGUAAAUAAAUUGUGAAUUCUUAGACUAAUUUCAGCUCAGGUUUGAUAGACUAUGACUCAAAAAUGUGAAAAUAAUCUUGACAUAUCCCCUUUACACCAAUUUAUUUACCAUUUUCACACAGACUUCACUAUACUGCGCCUUGUUUACCCAAUCCCCCGCCCCCUAAAAAAAGAAAAGAAAAGAAAAAACAAGACAAGAACUUGCAUAACCAUUGUCUUCCAUUUCUCUUGGACGACUACCCGGGAGAAAUUGAAAAAAAUGGUUAUGUUUUUUUUCUUUUUUUUCUUUUGGGGGGGGGGAGAUAAACAGGGUACAUUUUGGUCUGUGGGAAAAUGGUGAACAGACAUCUUUACCCAGUCCCACUUUUGUUCUCACGGUUGCCUUAUAAGGAAGUGCAACUGGCUACGGCUGUUGUGAUUGGCGAACGUAACUACUUUGGUUUACUAUUUGCCAUUUGCAAACUUUUGGGCGGCAAGCAAGGUGUAUUAUUGGAGAUGUGGGAACGGCGAAUUAUGACUUUCACUGUAAAGCCUCUGUUACUGUAUUGCUAUUGUUUUUAGGACUAUAUACCGGCACUUGGUAUCGCGCCUAACGUCUAUAAUUGAACGUUUUCCUUGCGUGUACAAUUUCUUCCACUAACUUGUCACAGUGUCGCAACAAAAUUGUGUGUAAAUUCUGUUUCAUUUUAGGAAGGUACUCGCUGCAGAAGAGGAAUUCAAUAGACUGAAGGCGGAAUUAUCCAGGUAAGGCUGACAAGGGCGGCUGGUUUCCAAUUCUUAGCAGUGUAUGCAAUUUGAGAUUACGACAUUAGGACACCAAAUUAUUUGAUACAUUGGCUACCAUUUUCACAAGCACCUCCCACUUAUGUCCAAAGCUCCGUUGGAAAUUCACGAAGGAAAGACGAAAUUAACAAACGCAGAAGAAGUACCAGCCACUAAUAAGCGGUUUUUUUUUCAUUAAAUAAUGUGGGUAAGGUUAUAAUCUUGAGCUAUUGCCUAAAUAACCUUAUUGCCAGCCCUUGGUUACCAAGAGUAAUUGCAACGCCCGUGUAAGGAAAAGUGUUAACAAAUUAUGGAGGCUAUAUUUACUUAGGUUUUUCGUCUCCCUUCGUCCACCGACCCAUUUGAUUACCUUAUAUGUUUACCUUUAGUUAAAAGUGGUUUAAACAUCCAAAGAAAUUUCGCAGUUUUCUUUUAAGAGCAUGCAUGAUCUCGCGUCAAGCUAUAACCUCUACUUUUCUUAUUUGCCCCACCAACUGACACACUUGCUUUAUUAAGGGCGUGGCCAUAAUGAUUCUCGCCUAAGAUAAGAUUUACCGUAGUGACCAGAGCGUAGUGACAGUCUCUUAGAGGCGCUUUAUGGCUUAGUGUGCUGAACGAACAUCUUCUAACGGAAAAAAUGUCCAAGCGCUUGCCUCUGUUAUUGCCAACGAUCAGUGGCUCACAUAUUCAAGAAAAAUAAGUCUUCUUUUCAAUCAGCUUGUCAGGAGAUAUUUGAGAAUAAGAACCAGAGAGAUUAUUGAUAAGAGUACCUUUUUACUUGGAAAAAUAAAGCAACCCCUCCGAAUGAGCACAAGUACAAAAACAUGUCAUUACUUGUAAGGAGGCACUUUUUCUGGUGAGCAGAAAUAGAGUAAAUGUUGAGGCAAAAGCCUCCUUUUAAAGAACUGUGAAAACUAUUCCUUAUAAACGUUUAACACUUUUUUUUCUUUUUCAGCCAAGCCAACAAUGACGACCAGUUAAAUGAAUGCAAAGCACAGAUUAAAAUGUGAGUGAUGUCUGUAGCGUAUUCAUUUGUUGUGAAAACUAUCAAAGGCGAAUAAAUCGAGAACACCGUUAGCCUUUUCUUUCGUCAUGGGGGAAAAGUCUUCAUGAAAAGAUUUACAUAUUUGUUUUAAUAUUUAAGGUGGCAGACUAAGUACGAAGAGCUUUGGCAAAAGAUCGAGCCCUUUAAGGUCAGUUUAAAAAUCUCUUAUGUCAUGCAGUUAGUUAUCCUUUAGUCCCAUAAAAAAAAUACUGUCGGAUGUCCGGUAAGCGACCUCCCAAGGUGCGAAGAUUUAGUGGUCGUUUGGCAAGAGGUCUUACUCUUGACAACCUGCUCAGGGAUACCACACGUUGUCCAUUAUAACGAGUGCUCGAACAAUAAAAUUGGGACGUCGUGACGGAAAAAGGAGUCCCGAUUCAUGUCCGUAGCAUCUAGAGUCCAUAAUAGCGGGAGUUUAUCUCGAACGUCUUUUACCUAUUUUUGCUUGGGAUUUGCCUAAUGGCCGUAUUAUCGGGAUGUCCAUUAUUUAGCUAGCAGGAACGCAAGUCGAUAGUUGGCUGUACUCAAGCGAAACGAGACAUGGAACGUGGUUUGUAGGCAGUCAGUUUGUGCGUACGAUUGUCGAUUUCAAGAGGCCGCCAUGGUAAGCAAACUUUGGAGAUCUUCAGCUCAAGAAGAUAGAAAAUUCCGUGUCUGGAGUUGCGCCCCAAGCAUUAAACGGAUCUGUAACUUACAAUUUCUUAGCGACAACGCUGAAAAAGUGAACACUCUGUAAAAUUCAAUUUUUCUUUCUCAAAAUUAAUACUUGUAUGUCACGGUUUCAGGAUCAACUGGAUGAAUACGAAGCUGAAAGGAACGCACUUCUUUCUCAAAAUAGCCAAGCUAAGGAUGAGGUAAUUACCCUAAAUCUUUGAAGUUUCACUCUAUUGAAAGAGAACAUACACUUCUUCAUGCCAUUUACUUUAGUGUAGAACAAGAAAAUGACAAAGACGACACACAAUGAUUGUGGAUCGUUUUGGCCCCUUGCAUUGGAUGCCUUACACAUCUUCACGCGAUUUACUUUUGUGUAGAGCAAGAAAAUGACAAAGACGACACACAAUGAUUGUGGAUCGUUUUGGCCGUUUGGCAUUGGAUGCCUAUUUUUUUUUUUUUUUUUUUUUUUUUUCAACGAAAGCACAAAGGUGCAUUGAUCGCGGCCGCCAUCAUCAUUUUUUGACACGCCCCAACUCUCUGUCAGUUUCAACCCCGGGGGGGACUCCCAUAUGAAAGAGGUGGGGAUGCUCGUCGUCUCGCUUAGGAGUGUAAAUUUCGGAUUUUGGUUCCACUUAGGGUGCUCUGGGCAAAAACGCCAUUAGAUUUAGCCGUAAAGGUCUCUUUUAGGGUUAAAACAACGUAUGGGUACAGCCUCCUCCUCAAGCGCUUCGUUUUUCGCAUGGCAGAGGCGAGCGCGAAAGGAGUGACUGGUUAUGAACCGCAAGUCUGGGUACGAGGCAGGUAUGGGUAAAAGUAUUCGAUGGUAAUAUCCGAAAGUCGCUGUAUUUGUUAUUUGUUCGUGUUUUAAAAUGAUAUCUUUUAGGGGUCAAAAAAAGGUUGGGCCACGCCCAGAUUGGUCUCCUUUAGGGGUUUAAUUCAAAAUUUCCCACAAGCAUCCCCGCCCCUUUCAUACGGGAGUUCCCCCACUCAGGGGGUUUCAACCUUCCAGAUGGUUGAAGAACAUUUAUAGUAUCAUCGUUCGUAUUGCAAAAUACGCCUGCUUUACUGUCUAAAGGCGCUCCAUCUUCUAUCCUACCUAGUAGGGGUUCAAAUGGGAGUGGACUGCAAGCAGUCUCUCUUUUUCUUCAAAUUAAGUGAGGAGAGAGUCUCGCGCUUUUCGCUCGACGGACUAAGAACAAAGAGGGACUGCUCAUAGUCUAAACUGGGAGAGGAUCAGGUUAUUAGCCUUCAUCAUCUGUUGUGCUUUUUUCCUGACCGUAGGUUGCCAAAUUAGGACAGCAAUACGCCAAGUUAUUGGGCCAUCAGAACAAGAAACAGAAAAUUCACCAUGUUGUGAAGUUGAAGGAAGAAAAUAUUUCUCUAAAAAACGUAAGUAUCCAGAUGCCAUUGUGGCGGGACAUGGAAAGAAGCGCGGAAAAGUCACUCAGUGGCUAUUGUAAUUAUGUUCGAGGCCGAGAGUGUUGGCAUUCGACAGAUUCGUAUCCAGAAGCUAACCGCGAAUUUUAGUUGACUUAGAAAGACGUGAAAACAAUUUUUUUAGCCGAAUAGUAGCCUGCAAACCGAGAGUAAACUUCUUAUCUGGGGAUACCACCAGAAGUUACGCGCGAUUGGGACGCAUCGCCGCUCGCUCCCGUUUGAUUGCCACCUGAGAUAAAGAGACUUCAAACUCUGAGGUAAUGACUUUUUUCCCGAGAAAAGCGGAAGAAAGUUACUUUAAAAAAGGGACAUGUUCGCAGAAUGAACACGGCUGUACUCAGCAGGAGCCAAUAAGCAAACGUCAACCUUGUUCCCAGGGUCCUACCUCUCGCUCCGGAAAACGAGUAGGAGAGGACCCUGGGAACGAGUUUUUGUUCGUCGUAACAUGGGUAGAGCUCGUCAACUGACUAGUGACCUUCAAACCGAAACAUAACAUCGUAACGAUAUAAAUAGGUCGUAUUAGUUUCAAGCAUUUUGUUGGUUGUAAGAAUAUAGAGAAAAUUGGUAUUUAGCCAAGCAAUCUGGAUGACGGGUCAUGUUCUACCGUACAGCCGCCAUCUUGGUUUGUGCAGGUGACGAGUUAAAUCAGGGGAGUGGGACGAGGAAGGAGGGAAAGGCUCCCAUUCCAGAGUACAUUUGAUUGCUAUAUAUGUAUAAGAAUAAUAAUGAAUGAGAUAGAGAGAAAUAAUGGGAUCGACGAAAUGUAGACCAAGUGGCAAAGCAUGGAGUAAAAGCUAUACUGCCAGAAGGAGAAAAUAUGCCGAGUAUCUCCGAACUGUCUGUUUUAUCCUCACAGGAGCUCGCGAAACUCCGAGACCAAUGUGAGAAACAGAAGAGAACUAUCAAAAAAUUGGAGGAAAGAGUCGAUCAGAUAUCUGGAAAGAAGAGAUUUAAUCCUGAAGAGGCUUUCUCGUACGCCAAGAAAGAAAAUUUGCCACUGUCAGUAAUUUCAAAUGGUACGUACAUUACCACCAAAUAA